AUGGUCACAAAACCCAGCAUUUCAAUCGACGCGUCGAACAAGAAUGCACCGACCAGGGACCACCCGACUUCAAAGGAAGUCCGAGAAAGCCUGCCCAAGGCCAAAGCCACCAAGACCCAUCCCAAGCAUCAGAACGAGACCUCGGACAAGAAGACCGACAGCAACAAUGCAAGCCUCUUCUUCGUGGGCACGGCGACGACGAUCUUGGAAUGGGAAGGCUUGAGACUGAUGACAGACCCCAACUUCCUGCACGCGGGCGACCACGUCCAUCUAGGGCCCGGUGUGACGGGCACGCGAAGGACGAAUCCGGCGGUCGACCUGCACGACCUGCCCCCUAUCGACCUGGUCCUUCUCUCGCACUAUCACGCCGACCACUUCGACGAGGAAGUCGAAGCGGCACUGCGCCGAGACCUGCCCAUCAUCACCACUCCACACGCACACGCCUGCUUGACAACGCAGAAGAGCGACGAAGAACGCUUCACCAACGUCCACGCCCUCGACAAAUGGGACAACAUGUUCGUCGACAUGCAGUCCGCACCGCCAAAGCAGCGGAAAGACCAAUCCCGGCCUCGGCCUCAGCCUCGCCUUCGCGUCGAAGGCAUGCCAGGAAAACACGUCGGGGACGGACUCCUCUCGCGCGCGAACGACAUCCUGGGCGCCGUCCCGCCGACAAACGGCUGGAUGCUCGAACUCGGCUACGACACGCCAUCUUCAACCGAGUCCUCCACCACCGCAACCACACCAACUUCAGCUUCCCCCGCCGACGCCUCCGCCUCGUCGCCGGCCUUCCAAAGCAGCUACCGCAUCUACAUCUCGGGCGACACGCUGAACGUGGACGAGCUCUCGCAGAUCCCCGAGCACUACACGCACGCCGGCAAGCCGAUCGACCUGAUGCUGAUCCACCUGGGCGGGACGACGAUCCCGGGCCCCAGCAUGCCGCUGCUGAUGGUCACCAUGGACGCGAAGCAGGGCGUUGCGCUCGUGAAGCUGGUCCAGCCCGACGUCGUGGUGCCGAUUCAUUACGAUGACUACGACGUCUUCCUGUCGCCUUUGGCGGAUUUCCAGACCGAAAUGACAAAUGCUGGCCUCGAUCAUAAGGCCGUCUACCUGGAUCGUGGCGACGAGUUUCGCUUCGAGGUGCAGCGGCCAGCUGGUUGA